UUGCGAACUUCGGUCGCCAUAUUUGUUCGAGGGAAUUCCCAUGCAUAUGGUGUGUGGUUGGAAAUCGACCUCUAACCGUGUAUCAUGAGUUCAGGUUUGUCAUGGAAAACAGGACGGGACGGUCGAAGGAAUUUUGGAGAUCAUGAUGACCGCUGGGUAGACGGUGACAACAACCACAAUGACCAAGGUGGACGAGGAGGAGGAAAGUUUAAUAACAGAGGCAAGAGUCGAGGAAAUCGUGGGUUUGGAGGCUUUUACACACGAGGUAGUCGUGGUGGUUAUCAGAAGUACAACUCUAACAGCAGAUCCUACAACAACAGAUCUAGAGGAAACAGCCGCGGAGGUUCACGUGGAAAUUACAGAGGGGGAGGAGGAGGAGGAGGUCCUCGGGACAGACUGGACAAUGAAGGAGACUGUGAUAUGGAAAAUGACGGGACAGGAUCUUCAUCAAGAUACUCUCCAUAUGGUCGUCCAGAUCGACGUGGCUCCAGGAACUCUAGAGGUGAUUAUGCCAACAAAGGAGACUCACGAAGAGGAGGUAGCGGAUAUUCAAAUAGCGGAGGACGAUAUAACAAUAGCGGACCUCAGUGGUACAAAGUUACGAUACCAAAAGGAAAGAAAUCUGAGAAAUCUGUGCUACUUCAGUUGAUAAAUGAGAACAUCCACACUCCAUUUAUCCCUCAAUGUUUCCACUUUGAACAAGACAGUGCUGUGUUCCACAUACAGGACAAGGAUGUGGCCGAUGCCAUUCGAUCCCAGAGUCAGAGACACACACUGCCCAAUGGAUUCAAGAUGAUUAUCAUUGUGAAGCCUUCCAUGCCACCAGCAAACUAUAUGGACAAAGGCACAGUAGAAAAACUGAAGUCAGCCAUGAGUAGAAGAUACGACUCCAGUGCUAAGAUGCUAGAUCUCAGUAACUUAUACCAGGACUCAGAAAUGUCUCAAGAAAAUUUACACUUGCCCCUCAGCCGACAAAAUGUCAUGUCACAAGUAAUCACCAUUAUAGAAGAACACAUUUCUGAGUUGGAGGGCCUUGACGUUAGCAAUAAUCGUCUGAUAUCGUUGGAGCAUCUCGGGAGAUUGACAAAGAUUUGUCCAAAUAUUGUCCGAAUCAACCUUGGCAAGAACAGUGUGCGACAUAUGGAUGAGCUGGACAAAGUGAAAGACUGGAAACUUUUGGAGCUGAUGUUGGAUGGGAAUGAGCUUUGUGAUAAGUUUGAAGAUCAAGCUGCAUACAUAAGUGCUGUACGGAAGAAAUUUCCCAAAGUUAUCAAGUUGGAUGGACAUGAUCUGCCGCCCCCAAUAACCUUUGACUUAGAGACGAGUACAGAACUACCUGCUGCGAAAGGCAGCUUUUUCUUGAAUGCAGAGAUCCAGGAGGUUUUGGUAAAAUUCCUGAAGGAGUAUUUCACUGUAUAUGACUCCGACAAUCGUCAGCCAUUGACGGCCGCUUAUCAGGACGAGGCCAUCUUUUCCUUGUCGGCUUCUAAAAACAAUUCGUCGGACCACUGGCAAGCAGGGCUGCAGAUAUAUUUUCCCGAAAGUCGAAAUUUGCUGCGAAAAUCAAGAGAUCCAAGUCAGAAGCAGCGAGUGUUGAUGCGAGGCAAACUGAACAUUGUGUCUAAGCUUUGUCUGCUACCAAAGACUACACACGACUACAACUCAUUCGUAGUCGACGUUGACCAUGCCUCUGCAACCCUCCUCAGUUUUACAGUAAUUGGUGUAUUCAAAGAAGCGGAUGAACGUUCAGAUCGACAACCAGUUAGGGCAUUCAGUCGUAGAUUUAUUGCCCUCCCGAGGGGUCAGGGUAUGGUAAUAGCCAAUGAUUUGCUGACAGUUACAAAUGCUUCACCUAGCCAAGUUCAGACUGCCUUCAAAAAUCCUGCCCCGACUCCCUCUUCGAGUCCUGUGCCUGAUACAACUCCUGCUGCCCCAUUCCACCAGGCAGGGCCCAGCCUUACCCCAGAGCAACAACAGAUGGUCCAGAGCUUUUCUGCACAGUCACAGAUGAAUUUAGAAUUUUCAGCCAAGUGUCUAGAGGAGCAUCACUGGAAUUACGACAUGGCAGGCCAAGCUUUCCUCACACUACAGAAAGAAAAUAAAAUUCCGUCGGAAGCAUUUGUGAAGUAAACCAGUCCUGAGACGAGUUUAGAAGAAUCACGCUUGUCAACUGUUAGAGAGUGUAACUCAAAUGUUAGUUUACUGGCUCGACAAACAACUUUCUACAGAGAUUGUUCAUGCUUGUCAACUGUUAGAGAGUGUAACUCAAAUGUUAGUUUACUGACAGGACAAACAACUUUCUACAGAGACUGUGGGUCCCACCACAAACAGAGAGCUGGCCCUGGUCUAUUUGAUUUAUUUAGACCAGAUGUGUUCUUUCUGUGAGAUUCUGUUGUGACCAAACAAACAGAAUUACUAGCUGGUUAGGCCAGGUACCCAUCUUGCAACGAAAAUCUGUGUUUUAUUUCAGAAAUGCAAAUUGCUACAAAAACCUGGAUAACGGCUGACAUUCAAAAUUCUAUUGCCAUUCCGAACAGGACAUUGUGUUUUAAACAUUGAACCUAGCUACACUGGUUCAAGCUAGACACACAACUUUAAUUAAUUAAAGUAUGUCGAUAUAUAAUCAUUGUGUGAUAUUGAAAGUGAGGUUAUCUAGAACAUGAUCAAAAUUAUGAGUGACAAUAUGUAUCGUAAUUUUCUCGUGAACUUUGAUAUUGUUUAAAUAAAUCUUAUAAUUUUCAUAUUCCAAGAUCAGAUUAUGGUUCAGUAAUUAUUUUUAUACAAUAGGUUUGAAUAGUGUGAACAGUAUAUGUCAGAUUGACAGAGUGCUCUUGCUGUACGAUAUUAUAUAACAUAAUCAGGUCAUGAUUUGAUGACAGGAGUUUGAAUUAAGCAGUUUUCCAUACAUGUUUUUAAAUGUUUUAUCUGAAUAAAUUUUAUAUUCUUAACAAAUUCAUUGUAAAAAUCAUCAGUCAUAUUUGGUUGUAAAUACAUCAUUGUAUAGUUGUUGGCUCACCUGGUCCAUGGCGCAGUGUCCAUCGUCUGUCCAUCUGACGUUGGUCAACACUUCUUUGAAUCACUACAAGUUUUGAACUGCUGAAUGGAUAUUGAUCAAAUUUGUAUUGGCAAAGGAGAUUCAAUUUUGUGUAAAUGGAGGUUUGGCUCCUUUGAAUUACAACAAGUCCUGAAUGACCAAAUCGAUUUUGAUCAAAUUUAGUCUGGAGCAUUAUUGGCUCACCUGAUCUGAAUGGCCAGUGAGCUUACCUCAUGACACAGACUCCUUUGUCUGUCGUUCUAUUGACAUACAUCAACAUUUCAUUUAAAUCACUACUUGUCCUGAAUGCCUGAAUGGAUUUUGAUGAAAUUUGGUCUUUGGGCAUUAAUGGGCAAAGAUGAUCCAGUGUUGUAUAUUUGCUAAUAACAUAGAAUUUUAUCACAUCAUUAUUCUCACAUUGUUCCAUUAAUGUAGUUAUAUGAAGAAUUAUGUUCUUGACGUCGUCACUAAAUCAUGUAGUUUUGUCUGAUGUCGCUAUCAUAAAUGUAUUUUUGACAUCAAGAAAACUUGUGCUACCAGAUUAAAAAAACUUGAUUGAUCAAUGUAACUUGUUACAAUUUAUGAAGUUCUAUUGUAAAAAAGGUGAAUAUCCUCAGUGGAGUAUGUUGAUUAAAAUGUUGAAAUUAAA